GACAUUUGACAUUUUGUUGUCAUGUCAAAUGUCAUUAGGAUUUAUUUUGAUCUGGAAAUUGGAAGUUGAAAUCGCAAUAAAAACAACUCUAAGAUAUUAUUUCAUUUAUCAAUCUUCAGUACACAUAAUAUGUAAUAAAACUUAUUAUAAUAUUUUUAAAUUAACUCGAUUCAUACGUUAUGAAGAUUGUGUAUGCUAAUGUUUUUAGGUUAUUUCGGAAUUGUUUAAAUUUAGCAUAUAAUUCUAGAAUUAUAGCACUAUAAAGGAGCCAGUGCGAAAAAGAAUUCGUUCUAAAAUGGACCAAAAUUUAAAAUGUCGCGAUAAUCCGGUAGUUUUAGUUCUGGAGAGUACGGAAUUUAAAAGUAUUUUUACUCCAGAAGUUUUAGAAUUAAAACAAUUAUUUGAUAAAUACAAUUAUGAAAUAAGAAUUGCAGGAGGAGCUGUACGGGAUCUAUUGAUGGGUCAACCAGCAAAAGAUUUAGAUUUUGCCACUACAGCCACACCCAAUCAGAUGAAAGACAUGUUUACGAAGGAAAAUGUUAGAAUGAUUAAUAUGAGUGGAGAAAAGCAUGGCACUAUCACUCCAAGGAUUAAUGACAAAGAAAAUUUUGAAGUGACCACUCUAAGAAUUGAUUUGGUCACUGAUGGGAGACAUGCAGAAGUUGAAUUUACUAAAGAUUGGAAAUUAGAUGCAAAUAGGAGAGAUCUCACAAUCAACUCAAUGUUUUUAGGCUUUGAUGGAUCUGUAUAUGAUUACUUUUAUGGAUAUGAUGAUUUAAAAAACCGCAGAGUAGCUUUUGUUGGAGAUGCUGAUGUUAGAAUAAAGGAGGAUUAUCUACGGAUUUUGCGCUAUUUUCGAUUCUAUGGCAGAAUUGCAGAAAAACCCAAUAAUCACGAACAAGACACUCUAAAUAUAAUAAGAAAUAAUGUAGCUGGUCUACAGAAUGUAUCUGGGGAGAGGAUUUGGAUGGAACUGAAGAAGACUCUUCAAGGCAAUUUUGCUGGUGACUUAUUAAAAACUAUGCUUAAUGUUGGUAUUGGACAAUUUAUAGGUAUUCCAAAUCCUAACAUUGAUGAGUUGGAAAAAUUACUCAAAAGGAGUCAAAAUCUAGAUUUACAUCCAAUGAGUUAUUUAGCUGUCUUGUUAAAUGAUAUUGAUGAUGUUACUCUGCUGAAUGCCAGGCUUAAAUUUUCUGGCUAUGAUCGGGAUAUGACUUAUUUUAUUGUUGAACAUAGGGAUGAUAAAGAAGCAUCCAGACCGAUGCUGCCAUAUGAAAAACUAAUUUUAAAUACGAAAAUUAAGCAAAAGGAUGCCAUUGACUAUGUACAAGAAGUCCUCAAAUAUAGAGGUGAUAGAAAUCUUCUGGAACAAUUAAAUAAAUGGGAGAUACCUGUAUUUCCAGUAAAUGGAAAAACAUUAAAAGCUAAUGGUGUGCCGCCUGGUAAGAUGUAUGGAAGAAUUAUGGAAAAAUUAAAAAAUAUAUGGAUAGAUAAUGAAUAUAAACAAACAUGUGAUGAUUUAGUUAAAUUAAUCCCUGGUGUAAUUGAUGAAUGUAAAACAAAAUAAAGUACCUAAUAUAAUUUA